UAAACAUAGGAGGCAACUUGUAAUUUGCUGUAGCAUGCCUUGUUAAAGUUGAUUUCUCUAGCCCCGAAAAGCUGUAGAUGAUCUGCUGCAUGCCGCUUAGCACACAAUGUCAUCUGCCUGUUAAGCAGCACUUUACAGCCGCCUCCCAUUCACUCACUCCCAAUAUCUCCCUCAACGUAAAGCCUGUAGUUAAUACAUAUCUGUAUCUCUAAUUACUCUACCUGCUGCUGCCCAUAAACACACCCGCCUCCAGCCUUGCAGCCGGCAUUUGAUGGUGUCGAUCGGUUGAUGAGUUACGAGUGGCGGAUUAUCCUGGAUAUAUAUGGCUGUUGUCUGUGUCACGGUGUAUACAUAUACGUUAUAUAUGCGGGAAUUUAUUAAUCCAUCCGUGUCCGGGCUGGAUUUACAUUAGCGAGGACGAGAGAGAUAAAGUGAGCUGUUGCGUCGAGCGAUGCUGGAUGCUUACAUAAGUGCUGCAUUUGCCGUGGGAGCCGUGGACGAUAUUAUCCCAGCUGUGUGCAUGCGCGACUGCCUUGUCACUGCACUUAUACACGUCAGCCGGGGCAUUCAUGAUCGCCGCUUGCAGUUCACCAAUGGCCGACAGCCCCCCACGGUCCUGUUGCGAUGCUGACCGGCGGCGUUGUGCCGGUACCCACGGAUUGUCACUCUGUGUUUGGUCAACAUCCUCGUGGCGGUGUCCGGGUGCGGGUGGGUGCCGGGCGUCCUGUCUAUCAUGAGCGUGACUGGCAAUGUCACCUAGCCUACUUCACCCCUGCACUGCUGCAACGCCGCCUUCUCUACACCGCACUGGACACCGUGUUUUCAUAGCUGCUAUUCUGUUGCUGCCGGUGCCGCUGCCGGGGAUCCCGUGGGCGGGCGCUCGCUGCCGCUCAGUGUCAGGCUCAGCUGCUCUUCCUAUCUUUUUUCUCGAUGAUUAUGAAGCGACAGAAUAUCCGCACUCUGUCGCUAAUUGUCUGCACCUUCACCUACCUGCUGAUCGGGGCGGCUAUCUUUGACGCGCUGGAGGCGGAGACGGAGGAGAAGCAGCGUCGAAUGCUGCGCGAUCUCGACACGUUCUACCGCGAUAAGUACAACAUCUCCAGCCUCGACUGGAAGAUCAUGGAGACCGUCAUGAUCAAGAGUGUUCCCCACAAGGCCGGGACGCAGUGGCGUUUCGCCGGAGCCAUUUAUUUUGCCACAACUGUCAUAACAACCAUCGGCUAUGGCCACUCGACGCCGUUGACGUUUAUGGGGAAGGGCUUCUGCAUGGUGUACGCCUCGAUGGGCAUUCCGUUGGGCCUGGUGAUGUUUCAGUGCAUUGGCGAGCGACUAAAUACCUUUGUGGCCUUCGUGCUGAAGGCCAUUAAGAAGUGCCUGCGCCUGCGUAACACGGAGCCCGGCCAGGGCGACCUCAUCAUGGUUAUUGGGCUCAUGUCCUUUAUCGUCAUCUUCGGCGGUGCCGCCGGAUUUUCAUAUUAUGAGAAUUGGGAGUACUUCGACUCCAUCUACUACUGCUUUAUCACGCUUUCCACAAUCGGCUUUGGCGACUUCGUGGCCAUGCAGAAGAACGGUGUGCUGGAGUCGCGGCCGGAGUAUGUGGCCUUCAGUCUUAUCUUUAUCUUGUUUGGUCUCAACACCUUCGCCGCCCUCAUGAACCUGUUGGUACUGCGCUUCAUAACAGCCAACACGCAGGACGAGCGCGCCCAGGCGCUGGAGGCCGAAGCCGCCCGCGCCACCGCGGUCCAUGUGGAGGGCGACAUUAUCACGCACAACAAAGCCAACGGCAGCAUCUGUUCGGGUCAUGAGCCUGAGCGCCGCGAGCCUCCCAUGUCCACGCGGGAGGUAUACUACCGUACGGUGGAGGACGACGGUCAGAGCGUUUGCUCUUGCACCUGCUACCGGCCCUACCGGCCGCCGGAGCAUGCCCUCGAUUACAGUCUGAAUACCAUGACGCAGCGCGGCGGCAAACCGCGCCACUACACUGUCAGGCGCUCCCCCACUAAGAUAGCACACCUCCUACCCAUGGAAACCUUCAUCACGGAUGACACCGAUUUUCCGCUUGACCCCUUUGCUGGGGGGCCUGAUGACCCCGUUGAAUCCGAGUCCAACGCCUUUCUGCAGGCGGUCAACCGCGGCAAGCGCCACUCUUUCUGACACUGCGCUGUUCGGUCGGUCGAUCCGUCCGGCCGUUUACUGGCGCGUCUCACUGCUCACCAGCCGCGUACGGGUUGCGGCUGCACGGACGCCGAUGCGGGGGAGUUGCCGGCUGAUAGAUGCAUUGGAGCGUUGGCGGGAAGGAUGGAGUGCUAGUGGAACGGACGUUUCUUUAACUUCCUUGAGCUCCCCAGACGCCCAUGACCCAUUCCGCCCACUGCCACGCUGUGACGCGCGGUGUACGCGGCGCCGGGCUUUGCGUAAUGAACGUUGUGGGGCGCAACAAUGGCCCAUUUGGUGGCUGCGAAUCUUCCUCUCGGGCCGCUAUCCGCUCGCCGGCGUCCUCGUCGCGUUGCGCUGAUAGAACCAGCAGAGCCCAGCCCGUGUCGGCGUUGACGAUGAUCCCACAAAUGGCCUUCUUGAUGAUUUCCUAUGCCUGUAAGAAUUGAUAGACUAUGACGUCGUGGAAUGAAGGAAAGAAUAUCUGCUAUCUCUGUGUGACCUUGUGCCCGAUGCGCAAGUGUAUGCUCUGGUUGUUCUUCUUCUCAUCCUCCUUCUCUCUGUGUCUCUUCUCUUGUGUUCGAUAUAGUCAAAAUGGUUGAUGUGCAUCGGUCUCUGCGGGUUGGCAUUUGUCAGCUUUUGUAUGCGCAGACGGCACGAAACGGGUUCUUCCAAAAGUUUUGUAUUACUUAAUUAUUUCGUUACUCCUUCUUCUUCACUUAUGUGCAAUUCGAGCGUUUGCCGGUUGCCGGCUGUUAUGAUAAUUACCUUGUAAAUGGGUCGACUUAUGCUUUCCCGACAAUACAGAAGAUGGACCGAAUAAUAA